AUGGUAUUACGCAUUAUUUUACGAUACUUAGCCAACAACGAGCAGUUGAUACAACGCUUAGCAGAUAGCUAUCCAAUGCGUCGGGCUGCUCAAUUUCUUGUUAGUGCUUACUACCGCAGUCGAGCAAUCACUCAGGAACAAAAGUUAGUCGAAAUAACACCGGAAGGGUUCAAACGUAUGAUGAACACCUUCAAAAAUAAAAUUAAACAAGAAACUGAAGCGGCCAAACAUGAUUUGAGAAAGCGUCAAGGAGAAAUAACAUUACAUUUUGGACGAAGUAAUUGUUAUAAUUUUGGGAAACAUUUAAACUAGACCGUCACUUUGAUAGCCUUCCUUUAUUAACUUUCGAUUAUUCCGACUACCACUACACAAAUUUUCCAGCACAGCGAAUCCCGAAUACGGUAAUUGUUUACUUUAGGUAUUUUCCCCCAGUAAGAGGAAAACAUGUUUUUCUUUCGUAAAUAUGCUAGUUUAGUGUUGUAGAUUCAUAAAAAAGAGGCGAAAAGCGAAAAUUUUAAUAAUUCAUCAACAAGUUUAAUAAUAAGUUGUACCUACCAACCUUUCUCGUAUGGUUAUUGUGCUCUUGAAUGUAAGGCUUUUGGCGAAGCUAGCUUAAUGCCGCAUAGCCAAGUCCAAGGAUCCGAAGCGGCGCAAAGCCGCUGAGGAUCCGCCGGGCGAGGUGGCCUUGUCACUUCGUCGCUGUUAUGCUAUCUUAUGACAAGCGCCAUUUAGCACUUUUCGAGAAAAACGAUUUUUAAAGUUUGAGAUUGAAAAUCUUAAAAUUUAUAAAUGUUAGAAGCUUUUCGGAGAAGGCAUUCGAUGCUUCUAUCUUUUCUGAAAUAAUUUCUCGAUUUGUGCGAAGAUUGGUUAACUAUAUUUACAGUUUUUGCUUAAAAUGUAGACCAAAGUCGCUCACAUACGUGUCAUAAGUGUGUAUUGAUGAUAAAAUAUGUAUGACGUGUCAAAAAUGUGUACAGAAGAUUUAAUAUAAAAAUGAAUUAUAACUGAUUCGUAAAA